AUGGCAGACAGGCCCGCAACGCCCCCAAGAGCCACUCGCUCAGCAGGCAGGUUGCCGCCAAAUCCUCCCACGCCCGAGCAGAUCAGGCGAAUAGAAGAAGCCAGGCUGCGCGCAAAGGCCCAAGCCCAGCAAGCCCAAGCAUCUCGCCACUCACCCGCUCCCGUUGCCGGCGCAAAACGCGCCUACUCCUCUCUGACCUCAUCCACAACUCCCACGCAAUCCCGUGAUGCGAACUCCGCCCAGGCACCCGGGGGCUUCACCCAGCCUCCGUCGGACUCGUAUAUCCACCAGAGCAAGAGCAAAGAUAUCAAGCGUUCCGACUUCAUCGACUACGACUUCAGCACCAUGACGGACACGAAGGGCGGUUUCCUUAGCACGACAGAUGACCCGCACAACCGUGCUAUGUGGACGGGCAAGAGCCGCGAGGAGCAGAAACCAGAGGGCAUGACACUCGCCGAGUGGGAGCGCGAGCAAGUCCGCAAGAAGCUGCGCGAGGCACGGGCGGGGCCGUACGAACCCGGUAUUUCCAUCUUGAACGCUGUGAACGGGAAAGAAGAGGCCGAGGACGACGAUGCCGCGCUUCUCGAAGCCGCCGAGAACGCCGAGAUAGAAGCCGGCACUUUCAAAGGGAAGUACGGCGACGGGAAAAAGGAUGUGUCCGGAAAAUGUCGCGAAUGUAAUAGUCUGGAGAUUGAUUGGAAAUGGGCCGACAUAUUCCACAUCAGCAUCUGCGCGCGCUGCAAAGAGCUCUACCCCGACAAAUACUCGCUCCUCACCAAGACUGAGGCCCGCGACGACUACCUGCUCACGAACCCCGAGCUCGCCGACGAAGACCUGCUCCCGCAUCUCGAGCGCCCCAACCCGCACAAGACCUCCUUCCACAACAUGCAGCUCUUCCUGCGCCUGCAGGUCGAAACCUACGCCUUCAGCGCCAAGAAAUGGGGGUCCGCCGCCGCUCUGGACGAAGAGUAUGAGAAGAGGACCAAGGUGGCGAAGCAGAGGAAGGAGAAGAAGUUCAAAAACAAACUGGACGAUCUGAAGAGGAGGACCAGAGUGGAGGCGUAUAAGCGGGCGCGCCUUGGCGGUGGAGGCGAUGCUGAGUUUGGACAGAAGAUCAAGGGCCGGUAUGAUAAGCAUGAACAUGAGUGGGGGCGUGGAGUGCUGGAUCCCGAGACAGGCAUGGAGAAGAAGACGUGUGUCGAGUGUGGGAUGGAGGUCGAGGAGCUGGAGUUUUGA